UUUUAUUGCUUUGUCCCUAGUCGGACCAAGUCCACUUCAAUUCACGUUCCCCGACCAAGCACAACUUCGUGUUUUGCAUACGGAUUAAGUAAUUUAAGUGUUCAUUAAAACCAUUGUUUUACAUGCAUAAAUUUAAUUAACCGUGUAUUAAUUAAAAAUAAGUACAUAAUUGUCCAGAAAGGAUCUAAAAAUAAACUUGAAUUAUAAUUAAGUGCUUAAAAAAUCAACUGUUGGCGUGAAAUUGACUCAAUUUUUGUCACAAUUUUAGCCAAUCUUUUUUAAAACAAUCGUUCGUGAACUAAAUUUAAUUUUUGUCCCGGAUUUAUAAAACCGAUAAGAAAACCAAAAAUAACAAUGCCGGUCCAGACUCAAUUGGACCCCUCCUACUACGGCGUAAUGGACCCAUCGUCCUCCUCCCUGUCCGACCUUAUGAUCGGAGACGUCAUCUACAUCAACGGCGAAGGCGACUGGCGUGGGAAAAUAUGUUUUCUCGGAAGCGUUCAAUUCGCCAAGGGUGACUGGGCCGGCGUUGCUUUAGAUCAUCCCAUGGGUCACCACGACGGGACUGCCCACCACCGCCGGUACUUCCAAUGUCCCCCGAAUCACGGCAUUUUCACCCGGAUCCACCGCCUCUCUAGAAAAAUGCUCAUUCCGGAAACCUUAAACGGCGAAAAAUUAGGACUCACCAAAUUCCAGAGGGAAUAUUCCGCCUCUCCCGAACCCAUUUUGCACCCACGCUCGAAAUCAAAUUCUCGGGAAUCUUCCCCUUUCGGAUCCGGAUCACUGCGAAGCGUGUCCUUCUCACCGGACGAAUCUGGUGGUCGCGGGAGGAGUCCAACCCCGCCGAUAUCUCGGGAGCAAGCCCAGCUAAAAGUGGGUGACAGAGUUAUCGUCAAAAGCUCCGUGGGCGAUGCGAAAGUUGGAACUCUUAAAUUUUUGGGAACCGUAGAAUUCGAAGAGGGAGUCUGGGCAGGGAUUGAGUUGUCUUAUCCAAUCGGCAAGAAUGAUGGCACCAUUCGAGGACGAGAAUACUUCCGUUGUGAGCAUCCCUACGGUCUUUUCGUCCCCCUGCAUAAGGUCGAGUCCAGCCCGGCUAACAAGCUCGGAAAAAAGAUGGGCACACGGGAGAAUUUGUACGCCGUCAUGUCCUCCACCAGAGGAGUCAGGGCCGGCUCAUACGAAGACUAUUACUGAAGCAGAUAAGCUCCGAGCGUCCACGUCUUACCGCAACCAUAAAUACGUACUUAAAUAUGUAAAUAUGCACAAAAUAUCAAGCAACAAGACUUAUCAAGUUACUACUAAAAAAAGCUAACUUAUUAACAAACCCAUAAAUAAAUGAGCUUCUCUAUUUAUUAACCAAAAAGAAGUUUUCGCAUCUUAUAAAUAAAUAUAUAAA